GUCCGUGAGUUACUACUGUUACUGCCGCAUGUCGUACCGUCCCAGGCCGUGCCUCAUGCCCACGCUGGAGCACGGGCGGGUGCAAGCGCGCCGGUCCACGCUCAUCCGGUUCAAGUGCCUGCAGCGGUACGAGCUGGUCGGCAACCGGUACGCCACGUGCAAGGACGGCCAGUGGGACGCGCCCGUGCCGGUCUGCGUCCGUUCUGGUUGCACAGUGCCACAAAUAGAGAACGGGAUAGCGGCUGCGAGUAUAAACAACGCCUGGGUGCUGUACUUCUGCUUACCAGAGUUCAGGCUCGUGGGUUCCGCUGCCAUCUUCUGCGACGGGCGACGAUGGAACGCCACCGCUCCUACCUGCGUCAACGCAACACAGCAAACCCCUUUGAGCUGCGACUUCGAGGACGGUCUCUGCGGUUGGGCCCAAGACGAGCUGCACGACUUCGACUGGAGGAAGCGUAACGACAAGACGCCGAGCUCGUUCCUGAACACCGGUCCUUCCUACGAUCACACACGCGGACCCCACGGCUCUGGCUACUACAUGUAUAUUGAGAGCACUUCACGCCUAGAGAACGAUACUGCUCGUUUCCUGUCACCAGUUUUCGACAAAAGUCUGGCAGACAACGGCUGUUUUUCAUUCUUCUACCAUAUGUUCGGAAGAACGUGUGGCGGUCUCCGCGUGUACCAAAAGCCGGACAAUAUCCCUCUGGAAGCGUUAGUCCAGUCCGGCGAGGAAACGAAGAAGGAAUACAUACUGUUCGAGAAGUGGGGGAAUUUGGGAGACGUGUGGUACGGAUCCGUCACACCGUUGAGGCAGUACGAUGACAAUUUCCAGAUCAUCAUUGAAGGCAUUCGCGGCUCGAGCUAUACGAGCGAUAUCGCUUUCGACGACGUGUCAAUCCUGCAGGGGCAAAACUGCACAUUGGCUAUGAAUGCAGCUCCUACUCCUCCCACCAACUUGUUCGUAUCGGACUCCUGCGCAGGACGGUGCCGUAUGCUGGACACCGAGGACUCUGUGCCAGGCUGCAGCUGCAGAAGCAGUUGUCCUCUACGCGGGAACUGCUGUCUGGACUUCUUCGAAACAUGCCUCUUCGUACCUGAUUCUACAACCCCAGAUGACAUGAUACCAGCGAACAGUACUGAAGACGAUGUGGCGCCGGUGACUCAAAAACUAGUCGCUCCUACAACAGAAACUACCUCCACAACAACAACUACAAGUACAACAACUACGACAACUCCGCGCACGACUACAACAACCAGUACAACAACUACAACAACGCCGCGACCAACAACGACGUCGACGUCGACGACUACAACAACAACAACGCCACGACCAACGACCACGACGACAACAACGCCACGACCAACGACCACAACAACAACAACAACAACGCAACGACCAACAACUACAACAGAAACUACCAAAUCAAUUACUAAUACACCAACAACAAAAGCACCUGUUACAACAAGAACAGUAAAAACAACAACGCCGCCGACAACGACAGUUAGAAAAGAAACAGUUGCAACAAAAUCAACAACAGCCAUACCUUAUGGGAUUUCGAGAACCAUAGAAAACCAUAACGUUUACCAUGAACUUAUAGACAAGAAGAGAAAAGAACACAUCGUGGAAACGAGGAAACUCGUUCAUGUGCAAGAGGCCGAACAUAAGAGCUCAAAGGGUUGGACGAUAGCUCUGAUAGUGUUGGGCGUUGCUCUCUGCGUUGGACUGGUGUUGGCGGUGAAGCUUCGCGGCAGUGCGCGCGCGUUGGUCGAGUUGGCGGGACUACGCGGUCGCGUGACCAACGAUCCCGAAGUGCGAUAUUUGUCCGCCGACAAUGAUGACUUGUAAAUAAACUUUGUUCCAUUUGA